AUGUCGGUGGCGGCAGGCGUCAGCGAUGCGGCGAUUGCGAUCCGGGAGAAGCUUCGAGGAAGGAUCGCGCAGACGAAGGUGAAGCGGUACUGGCCGGGAAAGGCGCCGGAAUGGGCGGACGACGCGGAGGAGGCGCGCGGGGGCGUGUUCGGGGAACCGGAGGACGAGCGGGAAGAAAUUGGGGACCGGCUGACGCGCGUUAGGGUUUCCGAGAACGACGCGCGGCUCCGGCGAUUAGGAGAAAGCCGGCGCGACAGGGAGGAGGCCGUGGCGCGGCAUCGGGAGAUCCGUGCGGCGGAGAUUGUCUCGACGCGGGAGGAGGAGGAGAGGAAGCAGCAGGAGCGCGAGGAGGAGGAGGAAGAAGAGGAUGAAGAUGCUAUUGAGGAGCGACGGCGGAGGAUACGCGAGAGGCUGUUGCAACGGCAGAGGGAGGAGGAGGAGCUAGCAGCGUUAGGGGAGGGCGAGGAGGAGGAGGAAGAGGAGGAAGAAGAGGAGGACUCGUCUGAGUAUGAGACAGAUUCGGAGGAGGAAGGGGGCGGUAUGGCUAUGAUUAAGCCUGUUUUCGUUCCCAAGGGCGAGCGCGACACGGUUGCGGAGCGCGAGCGCGUGGAGCAGGAGGAGCGCGAUUUGGAGGAGGCGGUGCGGCGGCGCGUGGAGGAGCGCAAGGCGGAGACGCGGCGGCUCGUGGUGGACGACGUGCGGCGCGAGGAGGAGAAGGAGCAGCAGCGCGCGGAGGACGGCGGCGGCGCGGAGGGUGACGGCGCGGGGGCGGCGGCGGAAGACGUGGAGACGGACGACGAGAUGGACGCGGAGGAGGAGUUCGAGCGGUGGCGCGCGCGCGAGAAGGCGCGCGUGCGGCGAGAGCGCGAGGAGCGCGACGCGGUCGCGCGGGAGAAAGAAGAGCGCGAGCGGAUAUCACGCAUGACCGAGGAGGAGCGGCGCGAGUGGGAGCGGCGCAACCCCAAGGCGGCGCCCGCGGGCAAGACGAAAACGAAAUGGAAGUUCAUGCAGAAAUACUACCACAAGGGCGCGUUCUUCCAGGCGGGCGCGGACGACAAGGGCGGCACGGCCGGCACGGACGAGAUUUUUGCAAGGGAUUACUCGGAGGCGACUGGGGAGGACCGGCUGGACAAGAGCGUGCUGCCCGCCGCCAUGCAGGUGAGUGCGAUUUACGCAUGCAGGUGGGCGUGCUGUGGUGAGGAGGUUGUGGGGAGGUGCCUGGUUAGGGAGGGGGGCGGCUGUGUGUGUGUUUGUCCCUCUGCUGUGCCGUUGCUCCUCUGCUCCCAUUCCCCGUGCUUGCUUCCUCUCAUCGUCUCCUCUCCGGCCACUCUCACUCCAUUUCCUUCCCUUACCACCUUAACUCUCUUGUCUCGUCCCCUUUUUCGCGUGUCCCGAUGUUCCCAUGUCCCCGUGCCUGUGAAGCACUUUGGGCGCAGUGGGCGGAGCAAGUGGACGCAUCUGGUGAACGAGGACACCACCCAGCAGGACUCCCCGUCAGUACCUCCCGCCCUUGCCCCCACUCGCCCUGCCCCCAUCCUCUUCCGCCACUCCCUGCCCCCAUCCCCUGUGGGCAUACAACGAUGCACUGAGGGCGCGCUACGAGCGAGGUCCAACAACAAGAUGGCGGGGAUGGACAAGCCCUUUCCAACCUCAACCCCACACUCCCCCCUCACCCCCGCACUACUUCUCUCCCUCCCUCUCAGGUGGGCAUACAACGACGCCCUACGAGCGAGGUACAACAACAAGAUGGCGGGCAUGGACAAGCCACUGGAGAAGCCCAAGGGCAGCAAGAAGCUCAAAAACGCGCUGCACAACCCGUGA